AUGUCUGGUCCCUCGGAGAAAACAGAUGCUAUUGAAAGCACUGCUCCUGUCGACGCAGAUGUGCAGGUUCACUCUUCGAAUGAACUCCCCAAUCCUGGGAAGCAGAAUGUGCAUUAUGUGACUCGCAACGAGGAUGGAUCGCUUCCUACAAAUGAUAAAGGAUAUAUUCCCGGCUAUGAUGCCAAUCUCAUGCAAGCUCGGGCUACUUUGAGUAGUGAGGAGGAGAAGAAGUUGCUCCGAAGAAUUGAUUGGCAUCUGCUUCCGCUGUUGGCGGUGAUGUAUAUGGUCAAGACAAUCGAUUCGAACAAUGUUUCAAAUGCUCGAGUUAUGGAUAAGGAUACGCCAUACAAUAUUAUGACGGAGUUGAACAUGACCUCUAAUCAAUAUAAUCUCGUCACGACAAUGUAUUACAUACCGUACAUCAUUGCCGAAGCUCCGUCAAAUCUACUUCUUAAAGGCGUACGGCCGUCUGUCUGGCAAGCCCGAGUCAUGAUCUCAUGGGGCAUAGUCCUCUGCUGUCAUGCUGCUGUCGUUAACCGUCAGGGCUUAUACGCGGUGCGCUUCUUCCUCGGUCUCUUCGAAGCAGGGCUGUGGCCAGGGAUGCUUUUGCAGUUAUGCUACUGGUACCGCCCAGACGAGAUGGCACCUCGUAUCGUGCUGGUUACACUCCUGGGCAAUUUCAGCUCCGUUAUCAGUGGUGUUCUUGCUUUUGCGUUUAAUGGGGUUCUAGCGAGGGGGCUGUCGGGGUGGAAAUGGUUGAUUCUGACCGAGGGUGUCUUCACCGUCGUGCUCGGGAUAUUUGUCUUCUUCUUUCUUCCAGAUUUCCCCUCCACGGCGUCCUGGCUCUCCGAGAAAGAAAAAGCCUUCAUCCAGGCCCGUCUUCCAAGUAACUCACCACGAGCCGCCGAAGCAAACUUCGACCUCCGCGAACUCAUCACCACGCUCAAAAACAAACGAGUCUGGCUCUUCCUGCUUUGCUGGGCAUUCUUCACUGUCGGCACAACUGGUCUCUUGUUUUAUCAGCCAACCGUCAUCGCCAACUUGGGUUUCACCUCAAUCGCUCAAACCCAACUCCUUAAUAUCCCCUCCGCGGUGUUCGCUGUGGUCCUGACCAUUGUAUUCGGCAUCUUCGCCGACACAGGGCGCAUUCCGCAGCCAUCCAUCCCGCUCGGGUUCAUGAUCGUCAUCCAGGCCUGCUACGCCGUGCUCUACACCUUCCCCAGCACAGGGGGUGUCUACGCAGCUACCAUCAUCGCGACUGGUUUUUCAAGCGCAUGGUACACAAUGAUGUGGCCAUGGCGCGUGCAAACCACACAAGGCGCGACCGGGUCCGCGUUCGCCAUCGCAUUCGCGAACAGCUACGGCCAGAUCGGAGGCGCGGUGGGCUCGCAAUUAUUCAAUUCGAGAUAUGCGCCGCGAUAUGCGACGUCGUUUGGGAUCGCCAUGGGGUUCGUGGGCAUGGCGAUCGUGAUGAAUCUCGUUACUUGGUUCUUUACGUGGAGAGUGGAUGUGGAUACGAGGCGGUUGAAGAGGAUACGGAUUGCGGCGGCCAAGAGGAAUGAGGCUGUUUUGGAUGAUGUAGAUAUUAGGGAGAAGAGGGAUUAA